AUGGAGGAGAUCAUCACAAAGCUUCAGCCUUACGCCAAGGAGAUCGGCGCUGCCCUUGUCGUCAUCCUCCUAGCCAUCCUCUUCCUCGGUGGCAAGAAGGCGGACGAGCCGGUUCUCCACCCGACUGAUUUCCGCCAGUUCAAGCUCGUCAAGAAGACGCAGUUGACUCACAACACUGCUCGGUACCGCUUCGGCCUUCCCAAGGAGACCGACAGCCUCGGCCUCCCGAUCGGCCAGCACAUCUCCAUCCAGGCCAACAUCGACGGCAAGAAUGUCAUGCGCAGCUACACGCCCACCACCCUCGACAACGACAAGGGCUACUUUGAGCUCGUGGUCAAGACCUACCCCCAGGGCAACAUCUCCAAGUACCUCGCCGGCCUCCAGGUUGGCGACUCUGUGCAGGUUCGCGGCCCCAAGGGCAAGUUCAACUACUCAAAGGACCUCUCGCCCCACCUCCUCAUGAUCGCUGGCGGCACCGGUCUCACUCCCAUGUUCCAGAUUAUCAAGUCCUCCCUUGCCGACCCCAACGACAAGACUGAGAUGGCUCUCGUGUACGCCAACGUUGAGGAGAACGACAUUCUCCUCCGUGACGAGCUCAACAACCUCAUCGCCACUUCGAACGGUCGUCUCAAGGUCUACCACGUUCUCAACAAGGUCCCUGACAUCUGGCAGGGUGGCCAGGGAUUCAUCACCAAGGAGAUCAUCAAGAACCACAUGCAUCACGGCGGCGUUGCAUCGGGCUCCAAGGUCCUCCUCUGUGGCCCUCCCCCAAUGAUGACGGCGAUGAAGGGCCACCUCAAGGAGAUCGGGUACCCGGCGCCCCGUGCCGUCUCGAAGCUGGACGACCAGGUCUUCCUCUUCUAG